UGGGAGGACCCACAGACUUGAACUUGAAACUAAGAUAAUAAACCACGGGUGUAAACUUGACCCCUUUUAUAAAUAUAUAAUUUACAGCCCCCGUUCUGCUGCCCCUCAGUCGGACAAUAAGGCUGGGAAGUCGUUGCUUCCCUGAGGAGGACAGAGACUCACCUGCACAGGUUUUGCUAGCUGGUGUUAAGGAUGCUUUUGCUGCAACUUCAGACCUGGAGGUAACCCCUCACCACCUGUGCAGUCGCUCCUCUUUGGAUCCUGGAGUGGAGAUGAUCCACUGGACCACAGAGUGGGGGACAUGUGUCUGGCUCCAGACUCUGCUGGCCCUUGCCCAGGCCAACUGUCCCUCGCUGGCCCCCAGCCCAGUGAACUUCUCUGUGGUAUACACCAUGCAUUUCUUCCAGGCACAAGGGCCCAUCCAGAACAUAGUGAACAACUCACUUUACCAGGAAGUGUAUGUAGCUUCUCAGAAUGUGAUUGAAGCUGUCGGCAGGAGCUUGGAGAAAGUGUGGGAGCUCCGCACUGGGCCCGUGGGAAGCCCAAAGUGUCAAAUCUGUGAUCUGUGUGACACUGACAAGGAUUACAACUUUUUAGAGGACACAAAUAAUCAAGUCUUGCUGUUGGAUACUCUCUUUAUGUAUUUAUAUUCCUGUGGAAGUUCUCAGUACGGUGUAUGUUAUUUUCACCAGCUGAGCUCAGAUGGAGAGCGUCCUUCUCAUUCCAAGUGUUUGUUCAAAAAGCACGCUAACUCUGCCGCUUAUUGUCCCGACUGUGUAGCUAGCCCUCUGGGUACCAAAGUGUCGAUGGUAGAGGAGGGCCAGACAGUCUACUUCUUUGUUGCCUCUUCUGUCAACGACAGUGUAACCCAGCGUUAUGGAAGGAAAUCAAUUUCAGUUCGCAGACCUCUGGGCACAGAGGAUGGUUUCUACAGUGAUGUGCGAGGCUUGACUGUCCUACCCAACCUGCGGAGGACGUACCACAUUGAAUAUGUCUACAGCUUUUUCACUCAGGAGUUUGUCUACUUCCUUUCAGUCCAAAGAGAAAGCCCCGACCAGGACUCGUCACCAUUUCAGACUCGUCUGGGACGUCUCCCACGGAGUGAGUGGGAGGUUAAAAGGUACCGUGAGUUGAUCCUGGAGUGUCGCUUUGAACCAAAACGCAGGAGGAGGAACACGCGCAGCGAACCCUACAAGGAUGUUGUGUACAACGUGGUCCAGGCAGCCUAUUUUGGCAAAGCUGGCAGGGAGCUGGCAGAGGAGUUAGGGGCCGAGGAGGAGGAUGACAUCCUCUACGGGGUUUUCGCUGUUACACACGACAACGGGGUCACAGAGAACGACUCCGCUCUGUGUGCCUUCCCAAUGGACAACGUGAAUAAAGCAAUCGUCGAUGGGGUUGAUGAUUGCUGCGAGUCUGGACCAGAGCAGCUCUCCAGAGGUCUUUGUCAUUUCCAGCCUUGUGAGAGUUGUCCGCAUGAGAGUAUGGAGAACAAUGCCACGUGCAGAGACCACCCCACCAUGGUGUCAAAGCCCUACUACAGAGUGGACCUCUUCAACAGGCAGAUGACAAACGUCCUGCUCACCUCUCUGCUGGUCACAACCAUCGAGAACAAAACUGUUGCCCACAUUGGCACCUCAACUGGACGUCUGCUGCAGCUUGUACUGACCAGGUCCAGCCCUGUUAUCUUUGCUAAUUACUCCCUGGUAGAGAAUCAGAGGGUGUCGUCUAUCGCAGCRGUGUACUCUUCAGAGUAUCUACUUUUUGUGGUUGGAGACAAGAUGAUUCAGGUGCCACAAAGAGGGCCUGGCUGUCAGCACUUUAUGACCUGUGCCAUGUGCCUGUCGGCCCCAAAGUUCAUGGGCUGUGGGUGGUGCUCUGGGGUGUGUUUGUGGGAGAGCGACUGCCAAAGCCACUGGAAAAAUGAUUCCUGCCCACCUGGGAUUACAGMGUUCUUUCCACCAACGGCUCCCCCUGAUGGUCAAACAGAGCUGACGUUGUGUGGAUGGGAGUUUCAGUCGCCUUUACGACCUUCUAUCACCUCCAGAACCCACCAGGUUCGACUGGGGCAGACCACCUGCUCUGUGAUUCCACUCAAAAGCAACAACACACAUUUAGUGUGUAAGAUUCGCUCAGUGGUGCUGGAGCUGUCCACACCGGUCAACAUCACCGUGGAGGUGCACGAGGACAAAGGGGAGGGUCGCUACUCUAUUAAUGGGAGAGCAGAAAUUCCCGGGUUCAAAUUUGUGACACCCAUCAUUACAGAAAUCCAGCCCAACUAUGGACCUCGUGUUGGAGCCACGCUCAUCACAGUGACUGGGCUUCACUUGGAUGCUGGGAAAAACAGAAAAGUUACGUUGAAUGACGUGCUCUGCCCUAUUAAAAGGGUCACAAAGUCUGUCAGCAACGUUUCGUCCAUCAUCUGUUUGUCCCAACCCAUUUCAGAGGUGAGAGACGUCCCACUCAGCGUUUUCAUAGACAAAUCUCCUGUACCUACAACAGAGGUGUUCUACUACAAAGAAAAUCCAAAGAUUACAAACGUGUUGCCCGCCUGUAGCUUUGACAGGUAGGUCAUCAGUGCACCAGCUGAAACAGCUGCUUUGUGUGCACUGCAGGUGUGUGUGUUUGUUUCUGUAUUUACAGCACAUUUUUAUACAUCUUUUUUCUGUAUUUACAGCACAUUUUCAUACUUUUUUUUUUGCAUUUUUCUACUCAUUCAAUUUUUAGAGGGCCUGAUUUAAUUUUUAAUGCCCACUUCCAUGAAACUUAAAAAAUUGUGUAAUGGGACUCCAAGUGUAAAAUGUUAAAAAAUGUCACUAAGACAAGCUCACUGUAUGAGUAAAAUCCUAGUUUAAAAAAUCCACUUAUAUUA